AUGGAUUCAAAUAUAGACCCCAAUAUUGACCCCUCUAUGGAGUCUCAGUCUGGAUUAUUCUCAAAAUUUUCAAUCAAUAACGAUUUCCAUUCACAUCAAGAUGAUACAGAACAAGUUCAUGAAGCUGAUGAUUUUAUAAAUCAACAAUACAUAGAUGAUAACGGUGUCUCAAGCUCAAACUCUGCUAAUGCUGUUGCCGUUGCCGCUGCUGCAAAUCUGUCGAAUAUUAUCAAUUUCAAUCAUUUACAAGGUCUACAUGAUCGAUCAAAUACUUCAUCACCUCCACCAUCAACAACAAAUGCACGUUCUCAAGAUAAUUUGAUAACUUCACCAAGUCAAUCAAAUGAGAAUGGGAAUUCUUCACAAGUGCAUCAUCAUGAUCAUCGUGAAAACUCAAAUCAAGAUCCUUUGAACUUCAUUCAUGACACUUUAUCUUCAUUAGAUCAUGAAAAUGGGUCAACAACAUUACAUACCCAAGAGCAGCAACAUCAUCACCAUCUUCAGCAACACCAAUCCCCUUCCUCUGCCUCAUCAUCCCCAUCUUCAGCUGCAACAACAAUAUAUUCAAAGGAUAAACAACCAAAACAACGUAUUAUCCAUGACUCAGAAUCUCAAGUUAGUAUAGUUGUGGUAAAUCCAGCUUCUAAUGAAGGUACACGCCGUUUAGGAAGACCAAGAAAAAAUAUACCGAAACAAACAAAUUCACCAGCAAAUUCUUCUACUCAAAAUUUGGAUAAAAGUUUAUUAUCAAGAUUUAGAUUUGAUUCAUUACCUGUUAUUGGACCUGGUUCUAGAGGUGGUCGCAAGAAAAAAAAUGGAAUCAUUACAAAACCUGGUAGACAAGCUCGUUUUGAAAAAGGUUCUAAAGAAUUGAAAUUAGUUGUAAAAGAAAGUUCUGAAGAAUUAGAAGAACCAGAUGUUAAAGCUAUAGAUGAAACCUCUCUUAUUAAAAAAAAUGAUGAAGAUGAUGAUGCAGAUCUAAUAGUUGUGGAUGAAGUUAAAAAUCAAACUCCAAAAUCACAACCCAAGAUCAUCCUAGAGGAUUAUUAUUCUCUGAAGGCAAAGGGCAGAAGUACUGCAAAAGACACAAAUAAUGCAUUUACAAAAUUAGGUCUUGCUCCACAGACUAAUAAACCACAACCAGUCAUUAAGAAGAGAAAAGAUACCCCUGGUGCAAUAGUUGGUGCUUAUUAUGAUAUCUAUGAACCAGAAUUAGUGGAUCGUAAUCAUAAUGAUCAGGAUAUGAACUUGAUUGCUUUAGGUUAUGAAGUUACACCAGCCCCUUAUGCUAAAGACAUAAUGACAAUUUUAGAAUUUACAAACAAAUUUAAAUCAAUCUUUAGUGAAUUUCAUAAUUUGGGACCUCAAGAUUUUGAAGAAGGUUUAAAAUUGCGUCCUUCAACUGCUUAUCCCUUAGAUAAUGCUAAACAAUCCACAAAGGAGAAAUUAUACGAUGAUGGUGAUGAAGGUGAUGUUUCUCAGUUAAUGAACAAUUUAUUGUAUCAAUUGUUAACGUUGGUGUUGAAUAGGAAAAGACCAAUUGAUCAAAAUGGAUUAACAAGAGCAUUAGAAGAUUUGAACAAAUUAGUCUUAUCAUUUGGUUUACCAAGUGAAUGGAGAGAUGAUUCACAAAUUUUCAACAAUCCAAAACCUACAAUUGUUCAAGAACAAGAGGAUGAACCUGUGGACCCUGAAAACACCGAAAUUUUGGAUUCAACUCAUUAUCAAUUUGAUACAACUAAACCAUUAGCACAUACACCUUUAGAUAAUGAGAAUUUUGAAAUUGACGGAUUGAUUGCCUUGGAACCAAAAGAUCGAUUGAUUUUUUUGAGAAGUUUGGUACAGUGGUGCUUAUCAAAUUCAGAUAUCAUAAAGCAAGAACUCGCCUCUCAAUUAUCAAGACAAGAAUCUUCAGGAGAAAAAGAAACUUAUUAUAUCUCAAGAUUCAUCAAAGAUGAAAAACAAAAAAUUGAAGGAAAAGAAUCACGAACUCCAGAACCUAAAGAACCUUCAAGUGAAACAUUAAAUACAAAUCCAACUGUGAAUCCAUUAGAUCAUCAUAUGAGUUUUAGAUUAUUAGACUUCUAUGCCGGUGAUGGUGGUAUAAAUGGUCGUUUUUAUCUAUGCCGCUCAGCUAAUUCCAAAACUGGUGGAUUGGCAUCAUAUCAAGAAAUAACUUCAAUAUUGGAAGAUUCAAAAUCAAUUCAUGAUCUUUUAACAAAUGAACAACCUUCAAGAUUCAAACUUUAUGUCCAGGAUGUUACCACUAUGCUUUCUGAAGUUUAUAAACUGGAGAGAUCAGAUGAAGAAUUAUUAGAUCCGUGGUAUGAAAUUGCUGGUAAUACUGAAGAAUUGAAUGAUUUUUUACAAUACUUGUCAGAAAAAUUGAAGACUAAUAGAUCAAAACAGUUGAAUAAUUUAUACAAUUAUUUGAAUGCCCUGUUGCCAAUAUUGGUCAAGUAUGAAACUUUACAAAAAGAUUAUAGACCAACAAGAUCAAGUCGUAAAAGAGAACAAGUUACAAAUUAUCGUGAAAAUGACAAGAAAUUGAAACAAAUGUUGGCUGAAGAAGGUGAUGAAGAUGAAUUUUUAAAUAAUGAUAGUGAGGAUGAAGAAGAUGAAGGUUUUGGAUUAGUGGAAGCUGAUGACGAUGACGAUGAUGAUGAUGAUUAUAAAGAAUAA